AGCGCCGCGUGAACCAUUAGCGACUCCCAGUCACGUGAUUGCCUGUCUGAGAAAGUCGCAGCGCCUUGCGCAGCUUCGUCAGUCGGGAGUUUGCGCCGUUUUCAAUGAGUGUGGGAUUCUCUCGCACAAGCCUCCGCUGAAACUGUCUACGCACUCUGGAAUAAAGAUAUGAAUCCCGGGAAAGAAAAGGAAAAGUGCGAGUAUCUAAGAAUUUAACACUUUGGUGGCUUUUUUUCCUGCACGUGGAAAACUGUUCUGGCGUCUACUCCAAUGCCCCAACUGUAGACACCUCCAGCCACUGCUCUCGUACACCUGCCAGCCAGCCGCCUGCGGGGACAAGCGCAGGAUUUCUAUUGGUUUUCCGUCGGCAUGGCGCCCCAGGUGCGCAUCCUGGCCCUCUUCCUCCUGUCGCUGUGCUGUGACCGGGGCUCCCUACGCCACAGCACCUCCUGGAAGCCGCAGUGGCCGCUGCUCCGCGUGCCCGUGGUCAUGCCCCAGCAGACGCUGGAGAGGCCGGCCCCGCACUUCCUGGCCGAGGCCAAGCUGGAGGUGACCUCCACCUGCGACCCGGACUGCCACAAGCAGGCCCCGACCCCCGGCUACUGGGACCUGCGCGAGUACCUGUCCUACGAAACGCUGCACGCCAACGGCAGCCUGGUGGAGACGGCGGUGGGCAUCUACGGGUUCAACACGGCCGACCUGCGGAGGGAGGCGGCCGGGCGCUCCCGGGCCCGCAGGCAGAUCUACGGGCCGGACAGCCGCUUCAGCAUCGUGGGCCAGGACUUCCUGCUCAACUACCCCUUCUCCACCGCCGUCAAGCUGUCCACGGGCUGCACGGGCACGCUGGUGGGGGACCGGCACGUCCUCACGGCGGCGCACUGCGUGCACGACGGCAAGAACUACGUCAAGGGGGCGCAGAAGCUGAGGGUGGGCUUCCUGAAGCCGCGGCAACGGGACGCCCCGCAGGCCAACAGGACCGGCUCCCCCGGCCGGCCCGACAAGAUGAAGUUCCAGUGGAUCCGCGUGAAGCGCACGCACGUGCCCAAGGGCUGGGUCAAGGGCAGCGCCAACGAGAUCGGCAUGGACUACGACUACGCCCUGCUGGAGCUGAAGAAGCCCCACCAGCGCCGCUACAUGCGGAUGGGGGUGAGCCCCGCCGCCCGCCUGCUGCCCGGCAAGCGGGUGCAGUUCUCCGGGUUCGACAACGACCGCGCGGGCCAGCUGGUGUUCCGCUUCUGCAAGGCCCACGAGGAGACCUACGACCUGCUGUACCAGCACUGCGACGCCCAGCCGGGCGCCAGCGGCUCCGGGGUCUACGCCCGCAUGUGGAACCGGCAGCGGCGGCGCUGGGAGCGCAAGGUCAUCGGCGUCUUCUCCGGGCACCAGUGGGUCGACCGCGACGGCGCCCCCGAGGAGUUCAACGUGGCGGUGCGCGUCACCCCCCUGAAGUACGCUCAGAUCUGCUACUGGAUCAAAGGCAACUAUGUGGACUGCAGGGAAGGCUGAGGAACAUGGACACGUAUAUGCAUGCAUGCACAGCCACACACACAAGCACACAUGCAUGCAUAGCCACACACAAGCACACAUGCAUGCACACCCUCUCACAAGCACACAUGCAUACCCACACAGAAGCACACAUGCAUGCAUACCUACACAAGCAUACAUGCAUACUGACAAUCAUGCAUGCAUGCAUGCUUACCCACACACAAGCAUGCAUGCAUACCCACAUACAAGCACACAUGCAUGCACACCCACACACAUGCACAAAUGCAUACAUGCAUAGCCAUACAAACAAACACACACUCAUCCCCAAACAAGCACUCACACAUAAAUACAGAAAACAUGCAUGCAUGCAUACCUACACACAAGCACACAUGCACACACACACACACAUAUUCAUUGCUGAUCUGCACUGAUCUAUUCAGCUACAAGAAUGUUACUACACAGGAAUGGUAAUGAUCUGAAAAGGUAUUUUCAAAAGUUUAAACUGGACUAAAUGUCAUGAGGAAGAGGACUUAACAGGAUAUUGGAGGAGGCUAGCACCCAAGCAGCUGGACACUGUACAUCUUUCCAGUUCAGAGAGAUGGGAGGUCAGGAAGUGAAAGAUUUAAAUUCUUUGCGUGUCUGUAUUUUUAUCCCAGUGUAGGGCUUAGUGUUUGUUUGCACUGAGAUGUAGGGCCAAGUGUGUUCAUGUCUCCAGAGAUAGAGGGCUAAGUGCAUGCGUGUGUGUGUGUGUAUAUAUAUGGAAGGGAGAUAUAGAGCUGUUUUGUGAGCAUGUCUUUCUGUUAGCCACAUAUAAGACGGGUGACACCAUCACCACAUGCCCUGCUGCCACAGUCCUGUCCCACUCAGGGGGCCAUACCCUGGUGAUGGGUGCUCUGUGCUGCAGCUGCAGCAGCGCACGCUUAUCAGCACAGGCUCGGAGGGGCUGAGCACUCACACACAUACGGAAUACUCCUCGAGAAGACUUGGGGUCAGAGGUCACGGUCUGUUUGCGUUCCACUGUGAGAAGUGCUCUGAUAAAGGAGACAGUGAGAUGCGGGGGGGGGGGGGGAACUCCACACAGUGCACUGGAACAGAAGAUCAUGACGGUGGUUCCGAGUGAAAACUGUUGGAUACACUGAAGGAAGGAGGCGGCCAUGAAGACCCUGCAUUGUAACAGACCACACCCACAAGAGGUCACAACACAGACCACGCCCAUACCCACAAUCUUGGUUACGUCAUCACAGACCCCACUCACUGCCUGUCAACAUGUCGAAUGCCAUUUCUAAUAGACUACUAAUCGUAUAGGCCAUGCUAAGAAACACAUUUAAUCAGCUUCAUUUACGCUGAAAACCUUCAAUCCAAAAGUGCAUAUUUGGAAGAAUUUAUCACGUUAACCAAAGGUGCUAUUUUUUGCUUUGAAUAAAUUUGUAAAAUAUAUAUAUAUAUAAAAUAAAAAUGCAAAUCUCUACUGAAUAUACUACUAAA